AUCCAAGUAUCCAACAAAACGAGGUAGCGGGUUACAGCGCCCGCAUCUGACCCGACCCAUUCCAAAGAACAGUGCUUUGAACCUCUAAGAUAUAUCAACAAACCCGAGAAUAUUAGAACACUGUCAACGAAUCAUUCAGCUGCCUUUCGCAUCGCUCAUGACAUUUGAUUAUUCUCCAGCGUCGAAGCGAGGGAAGUUCACCACUAUUUCGCCGAUGGAGUAUGAAUCUGCUAAAGCGAGGGUUGAAGCUGUGAGAGAGAAGUAUGGAAAGGAAAUCCGAGUAUUUGAAACAUCCUUAGCUUCUGGAACACCUAGCACUGUAUCUGAUGCUGAAGAGACGGAUGACUUUUACGAGUUCACACCAGAGGACUACUACCGUCUGUUGGCAGCUAAAAAGGAAGAUAAAUAUCUGAAGACGAAAAAAAUUAGGGAUGCAGAAACUGCUGCUCGCAGGUCAAGGUUUACAAAGGCUGUCAUAAGAGUACGUUUUCCUGAUAAUCAUACGCUGGAGGUUUCAUUUCAUCCUUCUGAAACGAUUCAAAGUUUGGUGGAUCUUCUAAAGAAAGUGUCUGCCCAUCCGGAGUUGCCCUUCUAUCUGUAUACCACACCUCCGAAAAAGCAAAUAAAGGACAUGUCUCAGGAUUUUUAUACUGCUGGAUUUGUUCCUGGUGCAAUUGUGUACUUUGCGUAUGAUGUGCCAAAAGGUGAUUAUGGUGCUUCAUUUGCCGGUCCCUACCUUCAAAAUGAUGUCAUGUCUUUGAAAGGUUUGGAGUUUGUGGCUCAACAGGCUGAGCCUGUGUCCAAGCCCCCAACUGAAGGUCCUGAACCUGUGACAACAACUGGCCCAUCUGUUGGGCCUGAGCUAAAGCCCAGUGACAAAAAGAAGAUCAAACCCAAGUGGUUGAAAAUGUGAUUUUAGAUGCAUCAUGUGGUUAAACCCUGCUGUCUUUUCUCUGGUUUUUGUUACUGUGAGUCUGUGACCAGUUUCCGGUUUAAAAGAUAGUUGACGAUCUGAAACGAACAUUUAUCAGCAAGUUUCUGUGAAUAUUAAUGUUCUUUUGGUGUUAAUCAACCAAACUGAACCCAGUUUGUGUCGUUUGGAUCUCAACAAGGGAAACAACUUUGGGGUUUAAGUUUUGUAUGAUGGGCUUAUAGACUUUAGAUAUAAUGGUGAAUAUUACGUACUUUGUCUCCAUUAAAGAUGGCUCUUUGAUUUAAUUAGUGGUGAUCAUUGACCCGGAUGAAUAGAUGAGUUGGAUAAAGUUGAACAAAUUCUGCAGGCAUUUUAUAUAUUCUCAAACAAACAAGAAAAUUAUUCAUAUAGGUAGUUAAGUACCAUGUUCCGG